AUGGCGACUUCUACACUCAUCAAAGCCCUCGAGAACCCAGUUAAACGUAUUCUUAUGGUCCGUCCAACUCAUUUUGAGCUUAAAUAUUCGAUCAACCCAUGGAUGGACAUGAAACGAGGAGUCAACAGGGAAAAGGCGCUCAAGCAGUGGAAUAACUUGAAGACCACUAUUGAAAAUUGUGGGGCAAAAGUGGAAGUCAUGGAGCCGUAUGGAGCUGAAAACUUGCCGGAUAUCGUGUUCGCCGCAAACGCCGCCAUCAUAAAAGGCAAUAAGGCCUAUCUGGCAAGUUUUGCGCACCCCGAACGCCAAGGCGAGCGAUUCUUCUAUGAGCAAUGGUUCACCGAGAAUGGCUACGAAUGCGUAGGAGAUCAAGAUAUCCCAUCGGAAGGUGCCGGUGACGCGUUAUGGGGCGGCGAACAAUAUCGCACAUUGUUCAUGGGCGUGGGAACCCGAACCGACGUGAGGGCACUUCGCGAUGUUGCAAACAAACUCGACGACGGCUCAUUGGAUUGGAAAGUGAUCGGAUGUCGGCUUGUGGAUCCCAGGUUCUACCACAUCGACACCGCCUUCUGUCCACUUAACGAGAGCGUUGCAAUUUACUACCCAUACGCAUUUGAUCAUAUUACACGCCAUAACAUGCGUAACGAAACUGAUCUAAUCGAGGUAUCCCUGAAAGAGGCUAGGAACUUUGCAUGUAAUGCUGUAGUUGUUGGGCAAAACGUUAUAAUGCAUCAUCAGAACGAUGAAAUUGCUAAUAAGCUAGUCAAACUUGGAUUCACAGUGCGUUUCACGGAUAUGAGCGAGUUCAUCAAAUCGGGUGGUUCGGCAAAGUGUUGCACACUUCAAAUAUGA